ACCAUUGGACGGGCGAGGGAAUUACGACAUUUAAAUCCUCUUGUGAAUAUUGAAUUACGGUUCUUUACAGUCCAGAGAACAGAUAUUGAAUCCAUCCGAAUCCUCGAAUCCUCGAAUUCUCCUGCAUUUGCGCUUCCAUCGAAUAACGAACCCCCGAAUUCAAGAGAACUCACGAAAGGGAAAACCUGUUGCUAUACCUCUACUGCAUAGGCCCUCGAUCUCGCAUUAUCCCUCCCGGACCGAGCCCAAAAUCCAAUUCUAAAAAUCCACCUCCCGCAACCCACUUCAAGCCACCACCACUCUAUACCAAUCCCACCUCAAUAAACCAAACCAAAUAAACCAAAAUGACCUUCUUCCGCAUAACCCUCCUACGCUCCGCAAUCGGUAUGCCCCGCCGAACAACAGACGUCCUCAAAGCCCUCGGCCUCAAAAAGCGCAUGGCAACCGUCUUCCACCCUGUCUCGCAGUCUGUCGCAGGUCAGGUCAUGAAGGUCAAGGAGCUCGUUGAGGUGCAGGAGGUCGACAGGCGGUUAACGAAGCAGGAAGUGCAUCUGCAGCGGAAGCCGGACCCGGGUUAUUAUGUUGAGAAGAAGGGAAAUGCAGAGUUUGUGGAGCAGACGAGAGAGUAAAGAACUAGGAGGCAACAAGGUUUUGCUUUCUUUCUUUCUUUCUCUUCUUGAGUGUUGCUAUUUUUGAUUGUUUGUGAUACCUGAUACGCUGGAGUUUGUCUUCAGACUCGAACAAUGGCAUGGACAUUUUCAUCACGCGCAUUGUCGACGAAUUUCUUACCAGGCACUGUA